AUGUCGAUUCAUUCGGCCGAUGAUUAUGAACCAAACUUAUCGGUUCCUGUCUUUGGUAGUGGAGUGUCACAAACGAAACUUCAACAGCAACAACAGCCGAAUAAUGACUUGGGAGGAGCUGAGAAAUUAGACACACCAGAACCGACGAAAAAUGGGCAAAAUGACACAGCCAACGAUAUUAAAGCUAAUGAAAGUCUUGGUAAUGGAACGAAGGAACCUGAAAAAGUCGAUAAUCGUGCAAGUAGUUCAGCCGAUGUACAUGUAAACGGUCAAAAUGGUAAAACCGAUGCUGAAACAGUUGCAUCUGUUAGCUCAACGACCAAUACUAAUGGCAAUCAAGCAGCAGCAGCAGAAGAAGGAUCGACUUCAACAUCAACCGCGCAAAAUCCAGUUGAAAACUCAAGUCAAAAUGAUUCUGUACCGACAUUAUCCAGUCAACCAACUGUUAGUGCUGAACCAACAGGAUCCGAACCGGCGAUCUCAACGUCAGUAGAUGUUACAAAAGAUCAAUCAGUAUCUGCAUCAGUUACCGAUACUGAAAAUGCUCCUGUUUCUUCGACUGAACCGACAUCAACUUCAUCUUCUUCGAAUAAUGUUCCUGCGUCAACCACAGUUCCUGAAGCUACUGUUGCAGCUGAAUCAACCAAAACACCGGAGCCUAAAAGCAAAUCUCCUCGUGGAAAAACCAAAUCUCCAGCAGUAUCAACCCCGCCAACACGCCAAUCGUCACGUGGUCGAAAAUCUGCUACUACAUCCUCAUCACAAAAUGAUGAAGAACAAACAGCAAUUGACGACGCUAAACCUUCAACUACGAGUCAACCUGAACCUCCAUCAACUCCAAAACGUGCUAAACGUCAAGCUCCAACGUUAGCUACCGAGAUCACUCCAGCAGAUAGUAGCACAGCAGAGGAAGUCAAAGAGACGGCGGAUACAGCAGUAGUUCCCUCUACAGCCGACGAGGAAGAUGAUGGUGACGAUGAUGCAGACAGCAAGAAGCGAAAGAGAACUCCAUCUCCACGCAAAAGUGCACAAGCAUCAACAGGUGCGGGAAAAAAACGUGGUGCAUCAUCAUCUCCACCAGUUAGCGCUUCAAAGAAAGCGAAAGCAUCGCCGAAGGGCAAAGCUUCUAGCUCAACGAAUGAUGAGCAACAAAUGGAUGUAGAUAAGACAGAAGCAACAGCUACUACAACAACUGCUGCCGUAUCUGAAAGUGAACCAGUUCAAACUCCACCGAAAAAAGCACGAACAAGUGCUACGCAAAAAACACCGAAAUCUUCUGCGACCACGCCCGAAUCAAAUGAAGAAUAUGUACGAAAAUUACGACCACGUAAAUGA